UGUUCAGUUCAGCUGUUCAGCUUGUUGCUCUGUGUUAGUGCGUAAGUGAUGUAAUUUGUGGUACGAAGUUUGCAUAUAUUGUCAAUUGUUCACUAUUGUUAUUAUCGAAAUUUAGGAACAAAUAAUAACUUUUACGGUGCUUGUUGAUAGAAUUAAUAUAUAAAAUGUCUAUAAACAGAAAUUCUUGAUUGUAUUGAAGUAUAAAAUUUAUUUCUUCCAAUACAAUAUGGAAAUUACAGAAGUUAUCAGUGGCUGGGAUAAAAAGAUCUCAGCAGAAGGGGAAAACAAGCAUUCAAUCUCUGAACUAUGCAGACUCUGUGGCAAUGAAAACAACAAUUUUUUGCCCCUGUUUGGAAGCAAUAUUGAUAAUGGCUUAAGGAAGAAAAUAGAAAUGCAUCUUCCUAUUCACCCUAGGGAAAACGAUGGUCUUCCACAAAGGGUGUGCUACUUCUGUGCCAGCACUGUGUUAUCUUUUAGUGAUAUUUAUGAAAGUAUUUUGAAGGUUGAAGAAAAUUUUCUCAAGAUAUUGAAAAAUGAAUUGCCUUCUAAACAAGGAGCUUUUGUCAGCAGAAACAAGGGUACAGAGUGCGGCCUUCACAGCAUUGAAAACAGAAAACCACUAGUAUCAAUUAAGCCGGUUGUGAGAGUUGUGUCUGUGAAGGGUGAGAUUGAACGGUCUCACCCACAAGACAGGGAGACCGUCUCCCAGAACAAGCUGGAAAGCAGAAUAGACAAUGCCUCAUUCUCCGUAUAUGAAAACUCUGAUGCAAGUGCUCUACUAGAUGAUUUGGAGAAUGGCAUUAUUGAUGGCCAGUCUGUUGGCAAAUCAGAUGCAGCAAUCACACUUGCCCCUACUGUUCAUUCAAGGAAUCACCAGGGAACAGAUCAUGCCGGUCAUACUCCUGCACAGUCCACACAAAUGAUUAAUCCAGGGACUCAUUUUAAUGCAGCACAUUAUCUAAAGACUGAUGACACUUGUGUCACAACAGUGUUAAGUAGGGAAGUUCAAAAUGAGAUUGCUGAAAGUUCAUGUGAUACUGCUGAUUCUCAAAUUGAAUUUCAUCGUGAUAUUUUACCUGAUAGUAAUGAUUCAAACACAGUUAAUGAAACUGAGUCUUCAGCUGUCUUCAGAGAAUACUCUGAUCCACAAAGUAUGUUGAGGAAGACAUGUCGUUAUAAAUAUAGAUUAAGAAUGAUUAGAAAUGGAUUUCAAAAGAUAAUGUAUAUUGUUGUACAAUGGGAAAAGAUGAAAAAUGAUGGAGCUUUCAAAUGUAAAUAUUGUAAAUGUAGUUUUUAUGUUUCUACAGUUUUAGCAACUCAUACUAGAUUUCAUACACAACUAGCACCAUUUUAUUGCAAAUAUUGUGGUGAAAGUUUCAUGCUUAGUGGAUCGCUGAAAUAUCAUAUUAAACAAUGCAUUAAAUCAAAAAAACGUUUAGAAAUUGCCACUCGUGCCUCCUAUUCAUCACAUCACUCAACUGAUCUUCAUGCUUCAGAUUAUUCUGAUCUAAAUUAUUUCAAUAACCCACCUAAUUCCAGUCAUUCAAAUAAUUCUUGUCAUUCGACUGAAAGAACUGAUGGUGAAUAUAGUUGUGAACUCUGUGGAAAGAGUUACAAAUUAAAAAGUACUUUGAAAGAACAUCUAAUGCAUCAUUUGGGCAGAGGAAGUCGUAAAUUAAAAUGUGAAAAAUGUUUUGCCAAAUUUUUAACAAAGGCUGAGCUUAUGGAACAUUUAAAGAAUCAUGGCGAUUAUUUAGUUUGUGAACUGUGUGACAAAAUGGUUCUUAAUGAGAAAGAUUUGCAGACUCAUCUAAUCAGUCACUCUGCUUUACGUCCUUAUUCAUGUAGCAUAUGUGGUGUAUCAUACAAGAGAAAGUCUCAUAUGACAAGGCAUCUUCUAACUCACAAAAACAAUAGAAAUCUUAAAAAGAGAGUCAAUAGGAAUGAGGUUCAUGGUAAGGAUUUAAAGUGUGAUGAGUGCGGUAAAGAGUCAAGGACAUGGAGAAGUCAUAGAACACACAUAAUGACUCACAAAAAAGAGAAGCAUGAGUGUGAUGAAUGUGGAAAACUAUUUGCUCAGCCUAAUGGUGUGAUUCGUCACAAGCAUACGGUUCAUAAUAAAGCAAGAGAUUUUGCCUGUAAAGAGUGCAACAAAAAAUUCUCCGCCAAAGCUACAUUAGUGAAUCACUUGCGGAUUCAUACUGGUGAAAGGCCACAUCAGUGCUCGACUUGUGGGAAGUUGUUUAGGAUACGACAACAGCAAAAAUUACAUGAAAGAAUUCAUUCAGACAUAUUCCCUUUUCAGUGUGAGUAUUGUCCAAAGAAAUUUAGAAGAAAAUUGAACUUGGUUGUGCAUACUCGAACACACACGGGUGAGAAACCAUAUCUUUGCCAAAUUUGUGGUCGGGGUUUCGCUCAGCGCAGUGACAGGAAAAAACAUCAAAAUAGUCAUAGAUAGAUUUUGCACAACUGUUGAAUGGCCAUUAGGGGGUCCCCUCUCCAAUAUAAAACAAAGUAUUUUUUCUAACGCUUUUAAUUUUUUAAUUAUUUUUUUUGUUUGAGAUCAAAACAAUAGUAAGUUAAAUUUCAUGUAUGGCAACCCUUACUACUUACCACUUUGUUAGUAAAUGUAUUGUUUUCAAAUAGUUGACAAGGUGGUGCAGUUAAGCAAUUCUAAAAAGAGUAUAUUUUUUAAUAGAGAACAUGUUACAUCAAAUAAUGAGUUCAAAACUUUCCUCAAAAUAUUAAUAUUUGCUUACUAUUUCUCCAUGCCAACUGCUUUGAUACCAUCUUAUGAACUGUUAAAAAAGAUUUUUCUUUUCAUACUAAUGAAAAUAUGAAUUUGUAAGCAGAUUGCCAACCUGGUCAAUAACACAUGAACAGGACAACAUCCAAGUGGAAUGAUUUUAUUACUAGUAGCAAUGCUUAAUAGGUGUCAGCUAAGUAUGAGAGAUUCUGUGUAUGCUCUUGAAGCUACCAUUGAGGCUCUUGGACAUAAUACUUACGAAUUUUCAAUAAUAAUAAUCAAUUCAAAAGAUUUUCAAUGAGUACUCAAUUCAAAGAAUUCGUACGAAUUAACAAAAAGUGUGUGUGGAAGCCAUAAAAGGUGAUUUUCAAAACAAGGUACCAGAUGUGACUGUUCACAUUGAUGGAAAACUGUAGCCUACUUUAGAUGAACAAAAAUGAUCUUAUGAAAUGAAAUCAAAAGAAUAACAUCUUCUGAAUGUUAUUUCAUACAGAAAUAACAACUUAUUGCUGUACCAAGCUUGGAAAGCUCUUAGAAAGGAACAAAGAAAGCAAACAUGCGCAAGCUCUUUAGAAUGCGAUUAUAGAUGAAUCUUGAAGAUGAAGUGCAAAUUCUUUGUUGUGGUACCACAACUUUAAAUACAGGUUGGGAGGCAGCUUUACAAAAGUUAAACCAGCAUUUAUGGUAUUUGAGUGAUGAGUAUGAUCUGUCUUGUCAUCCAAUUUGUUAUCCAUUAAAAAUGUAUGGACCUAUGAUAAAAGUUACAUCCCAACGCAGAAAAAACUUUAUGGGUUCAUCAUAAGAGAAAAUCAUAUAUGUCUUGAUUUCGGUGAAUGAAAUUUUUUGUCUGAACAUCUUAAAAUUAAUGACAGUUUUCUCUAUGAUGUGCUACUUUGUGGUCAAUUAAUGCUUAGUUUGAAGAAGCUAGAAAGAAGCUUUCAAUGCUAAUGGCAGUGAACGAUUCAGCUGAAAGAGCGGUCAAGUUGAUGCAAGACUUUCAUGGUUACAUUAUAGUUAAAGAGGAACAAAAUCAGUUUUUAUAAUGUUGCAUACAAGAACAUCAAGAGGUUUAUUGUGACUGUAGAAAGCAAACUUUGAAAAGAAAAUGUACAAAUAUUAAAUAGGUUUAUGAUUUGGACAUAUUUGUGCUUUAAUAACCCCAAAACAUUGAGAUCUCGAAUCCUCCUUAAUAACUCAGUACAAAAGUUUGUCUUAUAUUUGUCAAUAAGACAGUACAGGUUAUCCUUAUGCAUUCGCAAUAAUAUUUAUAAUUUUAGUUUUUGACAUCAAACACAAAAAAUAUAGAGGGCUAUGCAUAUCUGAUUUCUCAGAAAAAAAAUUCUGUUAUGUCUUGGGACACCCUAAUGCACAUACUUAUUGACACUAAGCAAUUUUUCAUGAAUAUAUGGUCUGAUGCAUUUAAUGUUACUGAAAUGGGAUGAAUUGCUUCCUUGGUACACUAACAGCAAUGCAAUUUAGUUUAUUGUAUUGUAGUGAGGUUGAAGCAUUUUUGAACUGGGAGGGAGUUUGAGGUGUCAAGUAAAAGAAGUAAACAUUUUGGCAAAAUCUUUUCAACAUGAGGGCUACAUUUUUAUUUUGAAUAGACUAGUGUAAUAUUUAUCAUUUCAGCAUGUUCGGUUCCAUUAUAUCCAACUUUUAGGGUUAAAUAUAGUUUUAUUGGAAACAUCUUUUGUGGGAGGUUCUCCAGGAAAGAACCUUUUUUAUGAAUGGGGGAUGGGUGGGGAAGAAAAUAAAUCAGCCUUGUAAAGUUUUUAUUUAUUUAGUCAAAAAACAGUAAAGCAUUGUGUGUGAGAUAUGGGGGAGGAGAUCAAGUCGUG